AAGUCGCUGGUGUCUGUGUGCUGCUUGCUGUCUCUGCUGGCCCUGUCUGCUGCAGAUCUCCUGGCAGGGCCGUCCAUCCACGAUGAGGAGCCUCUUGUGCGUCUGCAGCUCCAGCAGCCAGAGGGAGACCUGUUCUCCUGCAGAUGUGACACAGCAGAAGAGCACUCCAGCCAGAGCUCCUCCAACGACACCCCGGCCCCAGAGAGGGCCAUGUGUCAGCCCUGCAAAACCACAUCAGCUUUAAGCACUGAUGCUGAAGAAGAAGAGCCAGCCUCCACCUCAGAGCAUGAAGAGCAGGAGGAGGACGCAGCUCCCACUAAGGAGGUGGCAAGUGAGGGACAAGAAGAGCAGGAGGAGGCAGCCUCCCAGGAGGAGGUAGUAGAGGAAGAGGAAGACGAAGAGGUGAUCUCCGAGGAAGAGGCUGAGGAAGAACCUUUGCAGCAUCAAAGUGUGGAGGAAGAGAAAGAAGCCGAGGAGGUUGCGUCAUCUGAAGAGGAAGAGGUGGAGAAAACUGAGGAAGGAGAGGAUGAAGCGGUGGAGGAAUUAUCUCAUGAGGAAGAGGAAGUGACUGAACCUCAGGAAGAAGUUGCAGAAGAGGAGGAACCUGCUGCUGAGGAAACAGUUGAAGAGACAGUUGAGAGACCAGAAGGUGAAGACAUACAGGAGGACACAGAGGCAGCAGCUGAAGAGGAGGAAAGCGUGGAAACUGUUCUGAACGAGGCUGUGGAGGAGGAAGCUACUGUUGCUGGCGAUGUAGUUGAGGAGGAGGCUGCAGUGGCUGAAUCUGAACCAGAGGAAACAGAGCCAGAGGUCACAGCUGAAUCUGAGGCUGAAUCUGACGUGACUUCAGAGCCAGAGGUUGAAGUGGUUUCAGAGCCAGAAAUCGUUUCAGAGCCAGAGGUCAUUUCAGAGCCAGAACCGGAGCCAGAAGCAGAGCCAGAAAUCGUUUCAGAGCCAGAGGUCAUUUCAGAGCCUGAACCGGAACCAGAGGUGAUUCCUGAAGUAGAGCCAGAGCCUGUUGAGGAAGUAGCUUUACCAGUGGACACCACAGUGGAGGAAGCUGUUGUAGUGGAGGAGGCACCUGCAGAUGUUGUUGAGGAGGAGGCAACAGUGGAGGAGGUGACUUCAGAGGAGCCCGUAGAGUCUGACACCAAAGGACAUGAGGUGGAUCAGGCAGCAGGCCCGAUGCUGAGGGACCGCUCCCAUAUUGAGGACACACUGCGGCUGGCUACUGCUGAACCCUCAGCAGAGUUCUCAGCUGCUAUGAAGAAGCUGUUGAACAUCUACCACACGGCCAUCAAGCCAAUGGAGCAAGCCUACAAGUACAACGAGCUCAGGCAGCAUGAAGUCACAGAUGGUGAGAUCACCUCUAAGCCCAUGGUUUUGUUUUUGGGACCCUGGAGCGUUGGCAAGUCCUCCAUGAUCAACUACCUGCUGGGUCUUCACAGCACCUCCCAGGAACUCUACACAGGUGCUGAACCCACCACCUCUGAGUACACCGUUAUAAUGCACGGUGAGAAGUUUCGGUCCAUAGAGGGCAUCGUCAUGGCGGCAGACAGCUCACGGUCCUUCUCUCCCCUGGAGAAGUUCGGCCAAGGCUUCCUGGAGCGGCUGGUGGGCAUCGAGAUGCCCCACAAGCUGCUGGAGAGGGUCACCUUCGUCGACACACCCGGCAUCAUUGAGAACCGCAAACAGCAGGAAAGAGGCUUUAUAUCUUUAAUAUUCCUCAUCUCCCACAACGAGGUGUGCCAGUGGUUCAUCGAUCGAGCCGAUCUGAUCUUCCUGGUGUUCGACCCCACCAAGCUGGACGUGGGCGGAGAGCUGGAGAUGCUCUUCAAGCAGAUGAAGGGCCGUGAGUCCCAGAUCCGCCUCAUCCUCAACAAGGCUGACAGUCUGACCAACCAGGACCUGAUGAGGGUCUAUGGGGCCCUGUUCUGGAGCAUGGCGCCAUUAAUCAACGUCACAGAGCCCCCACGGGUUUAUGUCAGCUCCUUCUGGCCUCUGGACUACGCUGCAGACACCAGCCGAGAGCUCUUCAUGAAGGAGGAGAGCUCACUGCUGGAGGACCUCAACCAGGUGAUUGAGAACCAGAUCGAGAAUAAGAUCGCUUUCAUCCGCCAGCACGGCAUCCGUGUGCGCAUCCAUGCCCUGCUGGUGGACCGCUACCUCCAGACCUACUACGACAAGAUGGGCUGGUUCAGUGAUCCCUACGAGGUGUUCCAAGACAUUGUCAAUGACCCGGACAAGUACUACAUCUUCAAGUCCAUUCUGGCCAAGACCAACGUCAGCAAGUUUGACCUGCCCAACAAGGAGGCCUACCAGGACUUCUUCGGUGUCAACCCUGUUUCCAGCUUCAAGCAGCUCUCCUCCCACUGCAGCUGGAGCGGCGGAUGUCUGCUGGAGAAAAUAGAGAAGGCCAUUUCACACGAGCUCCCAGCUCUGCUCAGCAGCAUCGGCAAGGCCUCGGGCACGCCUCCCCCAGCGAAGGCUGCACAGGCAACCCCACCGCCUCUCCCCGGUACUUGCGAAGGUCCCGGGUGUGAAGAGAAACCCAAGAAUCGCUGGAGGAGGCAGUGAGAUGGAGGAGAAGGGUGCAGGAGGAGGAACAGAGGAGGCAGAUGGCAGCAGCAGCAGCCAGAGGGUUUCCUGAAGUAUUCCCCACUGCUGUGAUUUUCAGGACUGGAUGUUGGGAGACUGAGCAAAAAGAGAGAACAAGGAAGGAAGAGAAUACAAAAUGUGCAAAGAUCGAAUGUACCAAGCAGACCUGAGUCAGAUAAUAUUUAAGAAUACUUCUUAGUGCUUGUUUUUAUCUGUAAGAUGUACCAAAUAAAUGAGCUUUACUACACUGGAACAGUGCAGAUGAGUUGUAGAUGACGGAACCUAUGAGGUGUGACUAUUAUAUAAUGAGACUCGGCUUAUAUAGGUCAAACCCACAUUAGUCUAAUUAUUUAAUUGCCACACCUUCUGUAUCCAACAGAUUUUCAAACACUUUUCUGUGACUGUAACAACUCUCUGCUACACAUUGCCUUAUAUGACACCUAUAGUACUUGUGUCAGUCAAAACAAACAAUGAAAAGUGUUUGCAUGUAGUAUUUAUGACUGCUGUUUGGAAGAAAACAAGUUUAGGAAAGGAGACAUGUAGUCAACUUUCAGUCUGAAACCAUUGCUGUCUGCAAAACGUAAAUGUGGGGAGCAGUGAAAAAAGAAAAAGGCCUUUAUUUCUACGUAACUGCUCAUGAUAUGUUAAUGUAAUCUGAGAAUUCUCACCGGUUCAAGUUUGUACAUUAUUUAUUCAAGUUUCUUUCUUCAGAGAAACAUGCUGGCAGCCACUACGCUCCUCCAGAGAUAAAUGCUGCCACUCUUAUGUCUUCUGUGUUGUUUGCAAAGUCUGAAGAUUCUGUCAUAUCUGCUGUGCUGUGUUUUUACAGUUAAACCAGUGUAGGUCUGUACCAUGUCAAGGUACAUAUUUUCACUGGUGGGACAAGAGAAUAGACAGAAGGGUACUCUAAUAGUGUUUUAUUUAUCAAUGAUCUAACCAUGUUUAGUUACUGUAUUGUAUUGCACUACUGUAUACUGUACUGUCAUUUUUCUUUGUAUGGCACUGUACUAUAGGCUCAUGAUAAAAGCAAGUUUUGUUUUACCAUUUCUCAGUACUGCACUGGGAAUGGAUUGACUGAAUGAAACCAUGGUAUUUUCCUCAAAACACAUCAUUAAAUGGUAACUUCCUGUCCAUUUACAGUAAGUUUGUAUUUGUGGCCUUUUGAGCCCUCUGAACUGUUGCUAGUUUUACCUCAACAUGGCUGCAUACCA